UUUCCCUCAAUCAUUCAGCCCAAUAACACAAAAUCAAUCGAAAGAAAAUACACACACAACCAUUUUUGAUUUUCCAGCGACUAAAUUUAUUUAACUUUGUAUCCUUUAAAGGACAUUCCUCUAACAUUCCUCUAACAAAUGGACCGUUUACAGCAGCGUCGUCGACAGCGGCAAAAGCAGCAUCAUGGAUUCGUUGGCAAAAUGCUCAAGGACAUGCAGCAGAUGUCGUGGGGCCCCCGCUGCCGUCCCAUGCUUGAUUCAGUGCUGCUGCCGACAGUGGCAUUCAUCACGGAUGGGAUGCGCUUCUUCAAGCGCUGCCACAAGCCCGAUCGUCGCGAGUUCAGGCGCACCGCCAUAGCCGUGGGCGCCGGCAUCCUUCUGAUGGGUGCGGUGGGAUAUCUGGUCAAGAUUCUGCAUAUACCCAUGAUCCUGAGCGCCUACUAAUCAAAUACCUACCAAUGAGAAUUGAGAAAUAAAGUUGCAGUUCAUCCGAUUGAGAGAGAGAGAGAGAGAGACUGAGAGAA